AUGGAGUCAGCUCUUCGGGUUUUCCGAUAUCUAAAAGGUGCAUCUGGCCAAGGCCUAUUCUUCUCUUCGAAUAGUGAUUUCAAGUUGAGGGCUUACUGUGACUCGGAUUGGGUAGGUUGCCCACUCACUAGGAGAUCUACUAUGGGAUAUUGUGUCUUUCUUGGACCUUCAUUGAUAUCUUGGAGGUCGAAGCGACAGAAAAUAGUUUCUCUCUCUUCCGCCGAGGUGGAAUACCGUGCAAUGACAGGAGCCUGCUGUGAGUUGACAUGGCUCCGAUAUCUAUUGAGGGACUUAGGACUUUCACAUCAUGAAUCUGCCUUGCUAUAUUGCGACAACAAGGCUGCCUUACACAUUGCGGCCAACCCAGUUUUUUAUUAG